GCUGAUGUCGCUUGGCUGAUGAUGAAGUCUCGUGGGGCUACCCAGAUGUGCCCUUUCGCCUUAGCUUGGGGAGGGGUUUACACUUCUCCCGGGCGGCGGUUGGAGCCCCCCCAGCUCGAUACCAGUCGGUGCCGGUCUCUCCCGGUCUUUGUCGCCGGUUUGGGGCGCAUGACCGUUAAUCUGCUGAGGCCGCUGCCGACGCCCAGCACCCGCUGCCUGGGCACACCCAGUAUCUCUGAACCCUCUCGGCUCCGGCCACUAUGGCACUCGCUUUUGGGGCACAUCCAGCACCUCCCGAGUUCCCAUCAGCUCUGGAUCCCCAUUGGGCCCCACAGCUCUGCUCCUUCUGGCUCAAGCAUGCACAAUCCAAUGGCACAACCUGCGGCUGCGCUGGGGCUCCCCCGUGCUGCCCAAGGGAGGAGGCUCUGAGGUCCAUUUCCUUACUCUUUCCCACCAAAAAGCAUCCGGGGGAUCUUCCUCCCCUCACCCCAGCUGGGCGCUGUCUCCUCCUCGCCCAGAUCCUGCCUGGAAGGUCGCUUGCAAGGACACCCGCAGUCCCGGGGACACGGGUGGCCCUUGGGACACUCCAGCCACCUUCCACACACACAAAACACUCUGGGAGCAGGAGGGAGCUGGGUGUCCGGUGAGCUGCAGCAGCUUUAGCUGAAGGCAGAGUUGCUGGAAGCUGGCAUGCUGCGGAUUUGGGAAGCUGGGAUACAGAUCUGAUCCCCUCAGUGGUGCCACAGGGCUCAGCCUUAGUUGGAGCUGGAGCUUAAUUGGGACAUGCCUGGAAUUCCAGUCUGGGGACAAGGCAAUGGCUGUGUGCACCCUGGGGGGGCUCCUGGAUUAUGGGGGCUACAAAUCCCUGUUCUGGAGGCUCCGGAAGGAAGGGCUGUGCCAUGUUGAGCUGUCCCGUGCCACCGUGACGCCUCCUGCUCUCCAUGUCCCCAGAUAAAAUCUGUGACCAGAUCAGUGAUGCUGUCCUGGAUGCCCACCUCAAGCAGGACCCCGAUGCCAAGGUGGCCUGUGAGACGGUUGCCAAAACUGGGAUGAUCCUGCUGGCGGGGGAGAUCACCUCCCGGGCCAACGUAGACUACCAGAAGGUGGUCCGGGACACCAUCCGGCACAUCGGCUACGACGACUCCUCCAAAGGUUUUGACUACAAGACAUGCAACGUGCUGGUGGCCCUGGAGCAGCAGUCCCCGGACAUUGCCCAGGGUGUGCACCUGGACCGCAGUGAGGAGGACAUUGGUGCCGGUGACCAGGGGCUGAUGUUCGGCUACGCCACGGAUGAGACGGAGGAGUGCAUGCCCCUCACCAUCGUCCUGGCGCACAAGCUCAAUGCCAAGCUGGCCGAGCUGCGCCGCAGCGGAGCCUUGCCUUGGCUGCGCCCUGACUCCAAGACACAGGUGACAGUGCAGUACAUGCAGGACCGCGGGGCAGUGAUCCCGAUCCGGGUGCACACCAUCGUGAUCUCGGUGCAGCACGAUGAGGACGUGUGUCUGGAUGAGAUGCGGGAUGCGCUCAAGGAGAAGGUCAUCAAGGCUGUGGUGCCCCCCAAGUACCUGGAUGAUGACACCAUCUAUCACCUGCAGCCCAGCGGCCGCUUCGUCAUCGGCGGGCCCCAGGGUGACGCAGGGCUGACAGGCCGCAAGAUCAUCGUGGACACGUACGGGGGCUGGGGCGCGCACGGCGGCGGCGCCUUCUCGGGCAAGGACUACACCAAGGUGGAUCGCUCGGCCGCCUACGCCGCGCGCUGGGUCGCCAAGUCCCUGGUGAAGGCUGGGCUGUGCCGCAGGGUGCUGGUCCAGGUCUCCUACGCCAUCGGGGUCUCGCACCCCUUGUCCAUCUCCAUCUUCCACUAUGGCACCUCCCAGAAGAGCGAGCGGGAGCUGUUGGAGAUUGUCAAGAAGAACUUUGAUCUGCGGCCUGGGGUCAUCGUCAGGUAACGGGCAGGGGGGUCUGUGC